CUGCUUGCUGACGAUUUUAGCUUGGUAGCUAGCGUGAUAACGCCUUAUGUUUCACCAUAAAGGGAUGAUUUGUGUGGUCGAUAUGCCUAAACUUUACAGGGAUGAUUUGAGUCGUCAAUUUUCCGAAAGAGUUUUAUAUCUCGCAACUAUCUGACGCUCGUUAACGUUAGCUCAAGCCGUUACGUUAGUGGAAAAAGUUCGACCAUCCACUUUCCCUCGGUGAUAAUAGCUAACGCUAGCUAGCUAACGUAGUUGAUGCGUUUUGAGAGGACGUGAUCUUCGUCAAGGCAAAACGAGGAUGUUGGGUUAAAGUGGAGAAAACUUCAGCUAAUUGGCGCUGUAGUUUCAUCAUUUAUUUUAUUUAAAUCACAGUCAAAACCUCUUAACUAACGUUAACUGCUUAGCUAGCUAGCUAACGUUACUGGCUAACCCAACUAACGUUACGAGUUUGUCACCGGUUUACGGACAGUUAUAUUUAAAUUGUGGCGUUAAAGUUACUUAAUUAACGUUAGAAGAUGCUUUGGAUUGUAGGAAAUCAGAACGAAGAGCAUCGUAUCUUAUAGUUUCCAAGAGAAUUUUUUUUAACUCUUUAUGGCUACAAUACAUGGACACUGAUAAUGAUAUCUCAUACAAGGGAUGUGGAUGGGAAACCUGCCAAAAGCUAACUGAAAUUACAAGUCGUCCCUUGGCAACUCUCUGGACUUGAACAACUUUUGCUUUUUCACCGCAUAAUCCAUCAUGUCGUUACCAAAGGAGUCGGGGAACAGAGGGAAGGAUCGAGAGAGGGGGGCCCGUCCAAAGGUGAGACAGAGCCGGUCAGAGGAGAGACGAGGGUCAGGCAGUGGACGGAAAUGUGGGAAGGGGAAGAAGAAAGGCAUUGCUUCGCAUGAACCAGCGGCGGAGAGGCCUGUCAGCGAUGGCUUUGAGUAUGGUGAGCUGUUGAGUGACCUAGAGACCAUGGACCAGUCUUCCUCCUCACCUCUGAAGGAGAGUUGGCGAUGGCAGGGUUUAGAAGCCGCUGCCUCAUUUCUAGGACAAGAACGGGUAACAGCCAGGUCAGGACUGGGAACAGUUAGCUCUGCUACAGAGGUACCUGCACCCGGUGAAGGUGAGGGCAGAGGGUCAAGCAACAGUCGCACUCUCCGGCAAAAAAUCCAAGAUGCAAUGGGGCAGUGUUUCCCCUUAAAGACGCACAGUGCGACAGCAUCAGCACCAUCUUCCUCUCCACAAGCUCUUUUGUCAUCAAUUGCCUGUGCCUCCUCGAAGCGCAAGAUCCAUCUCAGUGAGUUGAUGUUGGAUGACUGUCCUUUCCCUGUAGGAUCAGAGCUGGCUCAAAAGUGGUAUCUCAUUAAGCAACACACGGCCCCUAUCACCCAGCCUCCCAUGCUUGAUUCUGCAGUAGUAUGCAGUGCCCCUACUGCAGCAACGGCUAUUGUGGUGGAAGAUGUAGAUGACAGGUUGCGAGAGCGCAGGCGCAUCAGCAUCGAACAAGGUGUUGAGCCACCACCCAAUGCAGAGAUCCACACAUUUGAGGUCACGGCCCAAAUUAACCCUCUCUACAAGCAUGGCCCUAAGCUGGCCCAUGGUAUGAAUGAGUUAGCCGUGGCUGAUAGAGCCUCUGUUCAUCAGCAGCAGCAGCAGCAGCUUCUCCUCCAAAGACAGCAGCAGCACCAGCUCCUUCUACAGAGCUGUUUGGACACUCUGGAUGAGGUGGUGGCCUCAGCAUCCGCCUCAUCGUCUGCAUCCGCCUCUGUCCAGACCUGUGACACUAUCCCCGAUCCUCUGGUUGACCCAGAGGUGACAGCAACCAACGUGCCCUCCAAAGCCAUACUUCCUCCGACUGAGGAUCCCAAACCUCACGAUGGCUACCGCAUACACACUCAGAUUGAUUACAUUCACUGUUUGGUUCCAGACCUGCUGCAGAUCACCACCCUACCGUGUUACUGGGGGGUGAUGGACCGCUACGAGGCAGAGACGCUGCUGGAGGGAAAGCCUGAAGGCACCUUCCUCCUGCGUGACUCUGCCCAGGAAGACUACCUCUUCUCCGUUAGCUUCCGCCGCUAUGGCCGCUCGCUGCACGCGCGCAUUGAACAGUGGAACCACAACUUUAGUUUUGACGUGCACGACCCCAGUGUCUUCCACGCUCCCACUGUUACGGGAUUGCUGGAGCACUACAAGGACCCCAACUCCUGCAUGUUCUUCGAGCCCCUGCUGUCUAACCCCAUCCAUCGCACGCAGCCCUUCACCCUGCAGCACAUCUGCCGGGCAGUCAUAAGCAGCUGCACCACCUAUGAUGGCAUUAACAUGCUUCCCAUUCCAAAUGCUUUGAAAAAGCACCUGAAAGAAUACCACUACAAGCAAAGAGUACGUGUACGGCGAAUGGAUACCUGGUGGGAAUAAGGAACAACAAGAAAUACUUACUAACAGAAACAACUAAAUACAUUUUAAACUCCUCAAACUGAACAAUGAGUCUUGUUCUUCACUAUCUGGCUAUGUAAACCUACACUGCAAUGUACUUAUUUUUUUAAUCCCUGCUGUACAAGAUUUAAUUGUACUAAACCACACUGAGACAAUAUAUAAUCUCACUGAUCUUGCACACUCAAAGUUCUUUAUGCUGAAAUUAAACAAACUUAUUUAGAUCUGUGGUGUUCAGCUA